AGGAGUGCGUUUCCGGUUCAAAGUACAACGUGCUUCGAUCUGCCGUAUCACCAGUUUAACCGUGAAUCAUUGACAGGAGUCAGGAGGACAUACGCUUAAGAAUAAAAGAUAAUGGCUGAGAAGAUUGAUACCCCUGUCAUCCUGGAUCAUAAUUUAUGGGGAACCUUAACACAUCAUUGUACAUCUGACCUGGAUCAUCAUGGUGUGGCUGAUGGGCCAGACAGAAUAUACAUGGAUUACAACGCCACCACACCAGUCGAUCCAGAGGUGAUCAAGGUUGUUACUGAUGCUUUAACUGAUGCAUGGGGAAAUCCCAGCAGUAACUACCUACCAGGUCUGAAUGCCAGAGACAUCAUUUACCAUUCCAGAGACACCAUUGCAAGGAUGGUUGGUGGAAAAGCAGCAGACAUUAUUUUUACUUCAGGAGGAACUGAGGCCAAUAAUCUGGUAUUUCACACAGCUGUGGAGCACUUCAGGAAGAGCAAGACUUCUGCAGAGGGAGGCAUGAACAGCCAGCAGCUGAAUGGAAGAGGCUCCUUACCUCAUAUUAUCAUCUCUAAUGUGGAGCAUGACUCCAUCAAACUCACAGCUAAACACUUGCUAAAAGAGGGCAAAGCAGAUGUCACAUUUGUGCCCGUUUCCAAGGUGACGGCACGGGUAGAGGUUGAGGAUGUCAUUGCAGCGAUUCGUCCCACCACUUGCUUAGUGUCGAUCAUGCUGGCCAAUAAUGAGACAGGCAUCAUUAUGCCAAUUAAGGAUAUUUGUCAGAGGGUGAAGGAUGUAAACAAACAGAGGGCUACAUCAGCUCCCAGAAUCCUCCUGCACACUGAUGCAGCCCAGGCUAUCGGAAAGAUACGAGUGGAUGCACAUGAGCUAGGAGUAGACUACAUUACCAUUGUAGGACACAAGUUUUAUGGCCCUCGAAUUGGUGCUUUGUUCGCGAAUGAUCCUGGAACCACAGCCCCUGUUUACCCUCUGCUUUUUGGAGGAGGACAAGAGCGCAACUUCAGGCCAGGAACUGAGAACACAGCAAUGAUAGCAGGCCUGGGAAAGGCUGCCGAAUUGGUAAGCUUAAAUCUAGUAGAGUAUGAAGCCCAUUUCCUGGAUAUCCGAUGUUAUCUAGAGCAGAAGCUGCUUGCUGUCUUUGGAAAAGAUAAGAUUCACUUUAACAGCCAUUUGUCUGGAUCAGGCAUUUUGCCCAACACAUGCAAUGUUUCCAUUCUGGGAAGAGGACUUCAAGGGCGUAGAGUGCUGUCCACCUGUAGGAGGUUGUUGGCCAGUGUGGGUGCUGCCUGCCACUCAGACAGAGGAGACCAACCUUCCCAUAUUCUUCUAAGCUGUGGGAUUCCGUAUGAUGUGGCUACCAACGCUCUGAGGAUUAGUGUGGGUAGAAGUACCUCCCGUGAAGAUGUGGACAUUGUCGUGGAGGAUCUGAGAGACACUGUAGAGCAACUGGAGCGAAUGAACUAGCACCAUUUGUUCCCUGAGGUGUGGAUGUUGCACAAUGGUUUAUUUAGUCUACAGCUAUGUGGCUUUGCACUAAUUCGAUAGUGUCAUAAGUAUAGGAUUCAGGUUUUAGG